CUCCAACCUGUGUUCCACUCCAAUUAAUGGUUUGGCUCUGUGGGCUCUGAUCUUCUCAGCGGUCACCCAUUCUAAUCAUAGGAGGCUCCCAAAGAACUCCGCCGCCUCGACGCCCUAGCCGCCGCCAACACUCCACCGCCGUAAUGGAACAUAUUCCUUUUCCCCUCUCUGCUCCUCUACUUUUACAACUUACUCUGCUUUUCUCAGUGAUAUUCUGCCCGGCGAGGGUGAUUUGCAUUGGAGUCAACUACGGGCAGAUUGCGAACAACCUGCCGGCGCCGGAAAAUGCAGUUCAGCUAGUAAAGUGCAUCGGAGCAACAAAAGUCAAGCUUUACGAUGCAGAUCCGAAAGUGCUCACAGCUUUUGCCCACACUUCCGUGGAGCUGAUAGUCAGCAUCGGCAAUGAACACCUGCCGGAGAUGUCGGACUGUGAUAAAGCCAGAGCCUGGGUGUUGCAAAAUGUGAGCCCAUAUCUGCCGGCGACAAAAAUUACCAGUAUCAUAGUCGGAAACGAAGCUCUAACCACCGGCAACGCCAGUCUCCUCUUUCCGGCAAUGAAGAACGUUUACGACGCGCUCUUAAAACUGAAUCUCCAAAACCAGAUCCAAGUCACCACCGCCCACUCCCUCGCCGUGCUGGAUGCGUCGUACCCGCCGUCGGCCGGGACGUUCAAGUCAAACCUAACCCACUACAUUUGCGAAAUCCUCGAAUUCAGUAAUAUAACCGGGGCUCCGGUUCUCAUCAACGCCUACCCGUAUUUCGCUUACCAGGCCGACCCGGCAAAUGUGCGGCUCGAAUACGCGCUGUUCCAGCCGAAUCCAGGGACGAACGACGCCGGCAACAGAAAUGUCCACUACGACAACCUCCUCUUUGCCCAGAUUGACGCCGUCUACGCGGCGGCGGCGAAAAUGGGGUACCCUAACGUGUGCGUGCAGGUGUCGGAGACGGGUUGGCCGUCGAAGGGGGGCCCCACCGAGGCAGCCGCGACGAAGCAGAACGCCAUGACCUACAAUCGGAACCUCCUGAAUCUCGCUGCAAACAGGGGUAGGACUCCAUUGAGUCCGGGGAGGUGUAAUUUGGAAGUUUCCGUGUUUGCGUUGUUCAAUGAGAACCAGAAGCCCGGCCCGCUCUCGGAGCAGAACUACGGACUAUUCAACGCCGACGGAUCGCCGGCGUAUCAGAUUGGAUCUUCCGCCUGCGGAAACACGAAUAGGUCAAUCGGUUCUGGACCUGUCUCUGGUAUUUAUCCGCCGACGACUUUAUCUCCGAUGGCAGGGAGCCCCGGGAACGUCUAUAUACCGAUUUCUUCCGACGCGGUGAGAUCGCAUUUAUGCAUGAAGCGGUUUGGAUUUGUUUUAAUCGUGGCCUUCCUAUGUCACAUAGCACUAAACAAAAUGUAGCAGUAUAGGAAUGUUGAAUUGGCACUAGAACUCUCUCAGUCUCUCGCUCUCUCUAUAUCUUGUUGCACGUGUUUUGUGCCUUACAGCAAGCCAGCCCUUAACACGGGGCUUCAAUUCAUGUGCAUAUAUUCGUUUUCUAUUUGUUGCCAUAUCAGUAUUUUGUUGCGGAGUGUGUAUGAUUUAGUGGUUUACUACUUACACUAGUCUUGCAUACUUUCUUGUACUUUUAUGUACUAAUAAAAAUAAAAUAAAAAUCAUAUGAUCAAAGUGUUAUAUUA